AUGACCUCCCGAUUGACAGUAAGUCGAGGAAGAAGCAGUGGUAGGUGGAGAAAUGGCAGAGGGAGUCGGCAACCCUCAGUGCUUCCAACUCCAGCUCCACCAUUGGGUGAUGUCCUUGCAACAAUCCAACACGAUGAUCUUGAAAAUCACAAAACUGACGAUCAGGACUGUCCUCAAAUCACCAACGCGCAGUAUCUGACAUCCUACAAUUGGCUCAAUGGAGCAGAUCAUGAAAUCCUUGUUCCAGGUGAACCUCCAGCAUGGACUCCUUUAUCUAAGCCAACCAAGCUUCCAGCAGACUCCGGUCUUUACUAUCGGGACAAGAACGCGGCACGAUAUCCCACAUAUCCACUGGAGCCAAUGGUACGAGCAAUAAGAAUGGACAAACCAGAUUUCCAUCUUGAAGAGUUGGAUAUCGUGGGAUGUAGAAGUACAUUGGGCAAUCUUUUGCGCUUUACACGUGGCCAAAGCAAUCCGUUCAGGAUGCUGGUCGAGGUCGUCGGAAACACAGUCUUUUUCAUCAGAAGAGAAAAUUCACCCACUGAAACUAUUCCGAAUGUCCAAGGAUAUGGACACACUUUUCCAGAAUCAUACACAACGUGGAGUGAAAGUGCCCGGAGAUCUGAAUCCCACCAGCGGCUUAUUACGUAUGACUUUGCGGGCAUGAAUUGUUUAGUGCGCUUCGAAGCGGACGGCUACUUGCCCGAUUUGAUCCCGGACUCUUUGAGGAUCCAGAAGGAGUCCGUCUCUAACAAGAGCGAGAUUGAGCCAGAUGACCUCUUAUCGGCUAUUGAAGCAUCCACAAUCUCGCCCAUACCAUCAGUUACCACGGACACGGAGACAACCGCACUCCAGAUCUCAGAAAAGGGUCGCUAUGUUCCACAAUGUGCAAUUUUUGACUUAAAGACGCGUUCUGCAAAGAAAAGCGGCGUUGACACCUUCUCAGAAGAGGCCGCUCGGUUGUGGAUCAGACAAAUUCCCAACUUCAUUCUCGCAUACCACAAGUUUGGUACAUUCGAUGACAUUCGGGUUCAGGACGUGCGGGACGAAUUAAAGCAGUGGGAAGAAUCCCAUCAGCCAGAAUUGGUCAAGUUUGCCACUUUGCUGAAGAUGGUCGUGUCCUUCACUCGUAGUACAGAGGAUGGAAAGCUUGAAAUUGAACAUGAAGAGAACGCGAAGGAACUGAAUCUACGAAGGCCGGGUGGAGUGGUUAACGGCGUGUUGCCAUCUUCUCUGAUAAACACAAUCUGGGGGUCCGAAUAA